UUUCUCAUUGGUGCUAGCGGCAGCGUCUCUCGUUGUCGUCAUCGCCCCGCCCUCCAAUAGCGAGCUGCUGCGUUCCGGCUGUGAUGGUUUGGAUUUGUCGACGACUCCUGUGGACCCUUGCGUGAUCAGCAUGGAAGACAUUCCUACGUUCAGCUCGCCAGGGGAGGAGAUGGCUUACUGGAGGGACCAGGCCACAAAAUACAAACAGAGCGCACAAGAGGCCCAAGAGGAGCUGCAAGAAUUCCAGGGAAUGAGUCGGGAAUAUGAAGCUGAACUUGAGGAGCAGCUGAAGAGAUGCGAGACACGGAAUCGGGAGCUGCUUUCAGAAAACAAUCGGCUACGUAUGGAGCUUGAGACGCUGAAGGAAAAGCUUGAAACCCACCAUUCAGAGGCAUACCGUCAAAUUUCAGCACUUGAGAGUGACCUCGCGCAGACCACUGCAGUCCGAGACCAGCUGCAGAAAUAUGUCAGGGAGCUGGAGCAAGCCAAUGAUGAUCUGGAACGGGCCAAGAGGGCCACCAUCAUGUCCUUGGAUGACUUUGAGCAACGUAUGAAUCAAGUCAUUGAGCGCAAUGCCUUUCUAGAGAGCGAAUUAGACGAGAAGGAAAACCUGCUAGAGUCUGUGCAGAGACUGAAGGACGAGGCCCGAGAUUUGCGUCAGGAGCUGGCAGUACAGCAGAAGCAGGAGAAGAGGCCUUCACUUGGAAUGGUGAGAGAUGCAGAUAAAAAGGAGUCCCCUCUGCACCCUGCUUCUCUUCCAGCCACCCCAGCGGGUCCCCGGGGCAAUGGGAGCAUCCUCAGCACCCCUGCCACUUACAGGAGAGUAGAUGGAUUCACUGGGACACCUUUGACGGCCUCGGCCCGGAUCUCAGCCCUGAACAUUGUGGGGGAGCUCCUCCGGAAAGUUGGGAAUCUGGAAUCAAAGCUGGCUUCCUGCCGAGAGUUUGUUUAUGACCAAACGCCAACUCGGAUGGCACCCUCUGCUGCUGCCACCACCGCCGCCACCCCCGGAAGCAUCAAGUCAGCCAGGGAGUGCAAUGAACACCGGACCACUUCAGCAGGCCUGGCCAUGUUCGACAAAGGGUUGGUCAAGCGGCUGGACUUUGCCCCUCCUAGUGGACCCCCUCAGUCCUCUGUGUCUCCUCAAGGGGUUGUGAAGAUCUUGCUGUGAGCUGCACUCCCAUCUUUUCAUUCAUAACUUUGCUCAGAUGUUUCAGGCCUUACCAGUUUAAUAGCAAGACUCUGUUUUUUUAUUUUGUACUUUUAUUUUAUUUGAAGUCUCUCGAGAGACUGCACUGCUGGAAACUGGACUUUCUGAAUGGUCUGAAGUUUUAAGCCAACUCCCCCCAAGCCCCCAGAAAGACACUUCCUUAGCUGCUACUACUGGCUGAUGGGAUGGUAGAGAGUGACGAGGUGUAAUAGUUAGGCGCCCGCCGCACACGCAUCCCUGUAGUGGUCUGGCCGCUGGAACUGAAACUAAACUGGUGUGCCUCGUCCGUCACCUCCUUCAGGACCACUGCGUGUGCCCACCACUCUGAGAUGUUUCACUGUUAUACUGAAUCCAUUGCACUUUGGAAAGACAUCGAUGAGCAUUUGCACGGGUGGCGCCCCGAGCCCACAGUGUGGAAUGCCAGCCUGGCACUUGAGCAGAGCCUGAGGCCGUCUGUGAACGCAAGCCGGGCAUCCUUAUGAUGCCACCUUUAAGCAGAGCGUUUACCACGUGUGACUUUGGUUGGGGGGGGUUUGAUGAAAAGGUUCAAAUUUGUAUGUCUGGCCGCCUGCCAUUGUAAUCCGGGUUGAUGUUGGGCACAGCGGAGGAGCGCAGUUGGCAUUCCCAAUGCGACCGCUGGAGCUCCUCUGUUUAUAAUGAAAUGGAUUUCAAUGUGAAGAUGGCGGAUAUUUGGUGUUUAUGGCUGGAGGGGAUGAUCGCAAAAUAAUGACGUGUUUCUAGAAACUUCUAAUUCAGAAAUUGGCAGCGCCAGCCCCGGUGCUCUGACCAUCUGGGUUUUUUUUUUUGCUUUGUUUUUAUUUAUUUAUUUUUUUCUUUUUUCAAACUGAAUUCCUCCUCUGACGUCCCACCCUGUUGUUCUCUGAGCCCCUCAUUUAAUUAAGUCGACAUUCUGCCGUCCUCUGCCAACGAUCUUCUGGCUUCCCCGGUAGUUUCAGGUGUUAUUUCUCUGAAUUUUUCUCACUUUUGUUUCAUUUGUGGUCACAUUUGGGGGGGUAACCAGGUCUCGCCACCCAGAUGUGACUCUCAGAAGAAGAUCAGAUGUCUGGGGACCAAAAAAGUGAAUAGUGGUAAAUGGCGGCCAGAUCUGCUGUUGAAAAAGCUCCGCCCACAGGGCUUCUUCCUAAAGACCCCCAAACACUCCGGGCCGCGCACUUUAAACAUUGCGGGGUUCGUCAGUUUCUGAUUUCUAUAUCGGUACGUAAAAUUUAAAAAGACGACACACUGAGAGAAAACAGAAAGGUGACGCGGAGCUCAGGCAGCGUAACGAGUGAUUUGUGUCACGUGAUGAGCGCAGUGACAAACGACACACACUGCGGGUACUCGGCUCCAUGCCUUCUCUCUCUGCUACGUUAUCCUCCUGUCAUUUUUAGAUUCAUGCCACUCUGUGGCCUCACAGCAGCAGUUGAGCCGAGUGAGGUAAGCCUUGUGUUAAAACGCCGUCGCCAUUCUGCCGUGGCCUGACCCGUGAACGAACUUCGGUUAUUAGUUCAGACGUGCAGUCAGAAGACCCCUUCGCUUUCUGCACACUAGAAUGGUGGGUGCUGUGCAGCCUCGCCCGUAGUUCUGGCAUCGCGUCCGCAUCAUUGGGCACAUUUACUAAUUUGGGUGUUUUGAGUACCAGAUCUGCAUCGUCCAAAGGAGAGUCGAUGACGGAGUGUGACACAUCCAAAGCAUAUUUUGUCAUUCAGGUUUUAACAAUCUCAGCUUCCGGAUCUUUCCGUCUUUCAUGGACGCCUACACUGUCAUCGUAUGUGAACAUCGGCGAGCCCACACAGCACCCGCGGUGGCGUCCGGUUCAUGUUUACCACUCAUCCGUUGAUGUCGUCCAUUGCUAAGGUGUUGUCUCUCUUUCUCUCUUAGUUUAUAGUCACAGGUUGUGUUUAUUUUUAACGCACCUCCGCACUUGUGACCCACAUUUAAGUUUCGGUAGCAGGGGGUCUUUUUAGGAGAAUUUUCGGCGGUAGACCAUUCAUCGUAAUCAGAGGCUUGCAGCCCACCUGAUUGUUGCAGUUCAAAGCUCCGCCCCUGGCAUUUAGAUUGGUUUAGAAAUGUGGCACUCGGGGAGUCAUCUAAUCGUCCCCCUUUGGUGGUCUCCGGGCGUCGGACUCACACGUGUGGCUCUGAGAGACCUGGGAGCACCCGAAUGUUGCGGACUCCAUAAGGGGACACUCGAGGAGCACAUUGGCCUACGUUGGCGGUCUGCGGUCAUCUGAGGGAACUUACAAGAUCAGGACACGUUACACUCGGCACGCAGGCAGACACCGUGAAGCGGUCAGGGUCACCCGGGGUUUCCUAACAUAUGAUGUGUUAAACUGCCGGGACGUUUCCAGGACCUAAGGGUUCGAUUUGAAGUAGUGGAUUUUUAGACGGGGAGUGAGCCCCAGAUGAAGCCCGCCACUCCUUUAUUGAUGAAAUGGCGGCUCUCGGCGCGGCGCACAGAAGCCACUUCCCUCUCUCACGCUCUUCAUUUCUUUUUUCCUUAACCAGCAGCCGCCUGGCCGUGAGGUGCAAAUGAAAAGAGAAGCAGCGUAUUAUCCGCUAACUCGGAACACGUUGGACCCAUGUUGGGUAUGAAGAGGCGGUUGUAGUAGGGGCAGGAGCGAAACACGAGGAUGAAGAGGUACAGAUAUCACUACUCUGCUCUGCUUCCUAAAGUGUCUUGUGGAUUUAUCUAUUUAUUUUGUCAAGAAUGUUUCAUUCAGGCGGGCAGGAGGAAAGCAGAACCAACCAAGCCCCCCGCUUAAAUAAGGAGGUGUACUUCAAAUUAGGAAGCUGCUUAAAAUGAACAAUGGAAGCCAGUCUGGUGGUCCCGGACCAGGAGUAUCUGCCCCUUCAUCUCCACGUCAGCCCAUCAGACCUUGAGAUAGCUGCCCAGUCUUACCCUGGAGUUGUCCGUCUGUCCGUUUUUUCCCCAAAGCUAAAUCUUUUAUCAGGGCGCUGGACGCAAGGCAGAACCCAACCCUCGAUGGGGGGUCCCGUCUGGCACUCGACACCCACAAUCAUUGGCACUAAUCAACACAAUGGGCACAUCCUGGGUGAUGUCUUGUAGAGAGGAAGCCCCCACAGAUAAUUUAAGGAGGACACGUGCAGUGUUGGCACAGAUUAUCUCCUCGUCCCUGGAGUUCAGAUUUGUGCCCCCAUGCGUUGCACCAACUCUUCAAACCCGGGCACCCUUUUGUGCCAUUUGUGCUUAUUUGCAAUUUAUUUAUAACUAAUGCCCAACAGAAUGGAUAUGUUAAGGUGCCUGGUUUAAAUGGCUCAUUGCAGGUGGUCCCAUUAGCAUUUAAUUGUUGAGGACCCCCUUAUUCAACUGUUUUAGGAAAGCCAAAGCCAGCAAUUGGGCACAUAAUGGGUUGAGCCACACUCUUAAUGGCACAUUUUACAAUAUUAGCACUUGGGUUGUAUAAAGGAAGAACAUCCAGGCAGCACCUGGGGGGGGGCACUCCGGUUAGGGGGUACUCGUGUCUAAUCGGCUUCUCAUUGAACCAUCCUUGAUGACCCCAAACUGAACUUGGCAGGUGUGAGAAUGAAUGUAUCUGCCCUCCUAGGAAAUCGCAUCCUUUAGAAAGAAAUAACUGCACAAGUUUGGUUAGCUGCUGUCUCUGGUGGGCUUAACAACUGCACCUGCUCAGCUCCCGAACUCACACCGAGUUGGGUGGUCUCCUUGUCCAUGUGGCCUUCCUCCUGAACAGCAUGUGAGGAGGUCCAGAGAUGGUCGGGGUGGGCUCCUGUCUUGGCCUUGACCCUUCACAGUGGAUGACUAUGACCCCAGUGCUCAGCAGUGCUUCAAGUACGGUGGUCCUGCCAUCUGACGUGGGAUCUGUGAUUAUUUUUAUAAAGCACACGCGAGACCUUUUAGGACCAGGCCUUCAAAACCUCAGACUUCCACCUGAAGCUGAUGGUGGCUGGUGGACCCCCCACGGCCUCUUUUCACUUUAUAAAGCCAGGUCUUGUUGUCGGAGACCCUGUUAGAAACGCUCCUGUGACUGUGGGGGGGUCACUGGGAGUUAAACUGUCAGAAAAAUGAAACCAAGCCAACCUCGUUUGUGAUAUCAGUCUUUAUUUUUAUUAUUAUUAUUUUUUAACAUGCACCUGUGCUUUUAUCUUUUUGAUGUCCAUUUCACUGCUUUUUGUAAAAUAAUUUUUUUCUAAUAAUUCAAACAAAAAAAAAAAACACAAUAAAUUGACCAGUGUGAUACGAGCUCAGACCAGAUUUGUCUAAUUUUGGGACACCAGUGUGGAGGAGAGGAAUGUCCGCUUCCGGGGGACCUCAUUUGGAGUUCGCAUCACGUAGUCUACCUUCUGGCGUGGAUCCCAUCGGGCGUAGUCGUGUACACGUUGAGGGUGGCGGCCGUCUGUGAGUCAUUUGUGUACGGUUAACCUUGACUGACUGACUGACUG